AUGACCCUGUGGAAAGCCAUGACUGGAGCAGGCUCCUGGCAGGACCUGUGGACCCACGGAGAGAUGAGACCACGCUGGACCGGCAGCCUUGACGAGGAAGCCGAGGAGGAGCUGCUGGACGCCUACACCACUCCCUCCAAGGGUUCCCAAAAACGCACCAAUUCCACCCCGGAAACCCCUCGACCGAAGCGCACUUUCUCCUCCCGCAGUCCUUACGCUCUUUUUUCACCCAACAGUUUCUCCCCGAGCGUCACCCCCUCCCAAAAAUACACGGCGCGCGGUAACCGCGGGGAGGUGGUGGCCUCGUUCGGCACCGUCCAAGGUCCCACCUGGAGCGGCGGUGGUGGCGGCGGCGGUUGUACCCCGAAACUUUUCGGUUCCCCCGAAGAAAAUUUAACCAAAAACUACAAAUUCAUGUUCCAGAAAGCACUCGAUGUCCGGGAAGUGCUGUCGUGGAGGAUCGAGGAACUCGGUGACGCGCUCAAGAGCCGCCAUCGCCUGGAGGACUUCGCCUCCGUUUUGCUCCCGGCGCAGGAACCGGUGACGGUCCUGGGCCAGAUCGGCUGCGACAGCAACGGGAAACUCAACGCCAAAUCGGUGGUGCUGGACGGAGACCGGGAACACUCCUCGGGCGGUCAAAUCCCCCUCGAUCUCUCGGAGCUGAAGGAAUAUUCCCUAUUUCCCGGGCAGAUCGUGGCGCUGGAGGGGACCAACAGCAGCGGGAAGAGCCUGGUGGUCUCCAAACUCUACGAGGUGACGCCGCGGCCUCACCCGCGGGGAGAUGGGGGGGGGUUUGGGGUGAAAAAGGAGGGGUUUGGGGGAGGUAAUUUUAUGGUGGUGGCCUGCGGACCCUACACCACCUCCGACAGCGUCACCUACGACCCUCUCACUGACCUCAUCGAUGUCAUCAUCCGCGACCGCCCCGACGUCUGCAUCCUGUUUGGGCCGUUUGUGGACGCCAAACACGAACAAGUGGAGAACUGCCGACUGCUGGCGGCCUUCGGUGACAUCUUCAAGCUCUGCCUGAAGAUGAUAAUCGAAGGGACGAGGAGCGCCGGCUCUAACCUCAUCUUCAUUUUAUCACCCUUUUUCCCCCCCCCUACACCCCACCAGCGCGUCCACUUCGUGUCGGACCCCUGUACCCUCGACAUCGACGGCGUCGUCCUCGGCCUCACCUCCACCGACGUGCUCUUCCACAUGGGCACCGAGGAGAUCAGCAGCUCAGCCGGGAUCUCGGACAGGUUCACACGAAUCCUCAAGCACAUCCUGACGCAGAGGAGUUACUACCCGCUGUACCCCCCCUCGGAGGAGCUGAACGUGGAUUACGAGAGUUUCUACAGCUACGCCUCGUUACCCGUCACCCCGGACAUCCUCGUCACCCCCUCGGAGCUGCGGUACUUCGUUAAGGACGUCCUGGGCUGCGUCUGCGUUAAUCCCGGUCGGCUGACGAAGGGCCAAGUCGGAGGCACCUACGGCCGACUGUACCUACAGCGCGAAACCGUGGCGGGAGAGCGCAAAAAUCCGUGUGGCGCCGCUCAAGUCGUGAGAAUUUAA